GGCGUUCAGGCGGCACGCUUCAAGCAACGUCGUCGAACUUUCGACGGCAGUUGGCAGCCGUGCGUAAAAGAAAUAAAUAAUCAAAGCGACCAUGAAGUGACAAAUAAAGUCGGGAAUAGAGAGAACAAUGCUCGCGCGUACGACGGGCAAGGUGGAUAUUCAGCUCGUGUAGUAAGCGUGCGUUCGAACCGCCGUUGAUACGGAUCCGCGCUUUCGACGAGCACCUCGUGGUGUAAACGCGCUGCGCACCGCCGCUGCUCCGCCACCGCCGCAGCCGCAGCAGCAGCAGCAGCAGCCGCGCGCGACACAGCAGCAGCAGCCGGAGAGGCGCGCUAUGCGCUUACCGUGGAGGCGAGGGUGACAUUUAGGAUAUUUUUCCGCACGGUGCGACGGGACUUAUCAACGGUGCAGCCUCCAGCCAGUUUGGCCGCUAACGUAUCGGCCGUCCGGGCCGCGACAGCCGGAUCAGCCUCCGCAUCCAGGUGGUGGCCUCAGCAUCCCCAGCCACGGUGAAGCUAAAUACGCGAGACAGAGACUCGCACUCUCGUCGCUCACACAUAUUUGUAACGUUGCUCUACGAAAAGUGACUACAUAGCAGUGUCGAAGAUCAUGAAAAAACUCGUGGGAGACUUCUAGUGAACGCGUGUGACUUUCAGUGUGGACCUGACCGGUCGACGUGCAUCUGGCCAUUAACCUCUUGCCAUACACAGACCAGCGCGUCGUGGACGCUAGUGCUAGUGGCCAUGCCUCUGACUUUUCCACUGUACAGCAGCAGCAAGGUUUGACACACUCGGUCAUCCAGCUUUCAGCCAUGAAAACCGAGAAAAAGCCCAACGAGCCCAGCUGUUGUCAACCUAAUACGGUUGUCAAGGAUGAGACUGACGCCGACCCUGUCAAGAUUAAAGAAGAGGGUGCAGGCACCAAUGAUGAUACAACUGGAGAGGAUACCACAGAAUGUCCAAGAGAUCCUUGUUUGGAUCCAUCUAACGGUGAAGGUACAAUGUCGGGGGAGAAUCAGAACACAAAUGGGAAUCAGCCACUUCUGAAUUCGGUUAAGCAAGAAGGAGAUCCUAAUAAUCCCACUGACGAUCUACCUGAUUAUAGUGGAAAUGUUAUUACAGCGGAAAGCAUUCAGCCACUUGUUAGUAAUGUUGUGGGAAAGCAAAUGGGAACCGGUUCGACCAGUGGGGAGGCUCAAUAUAUGCAGCAGCAGAGUCAGAUUUUUGUAUUUUCUACGACAUUAGCGAAUAAAGGCGCAGAUGCAGUGUUGAGAGGCGAUUUUCAUUCAAUUAUUGCUUAUCAUUGUGCACAACCAGGCACUAAAAAGUUUUUGGAGAAACAUCCAAAUCCAAAUAAAGUAAAUCAAUUUCGCCAAAAUCCUCAAUGGUUAAAUAAUCUUGCUAUGAUGAAACAGAAGGGCCAUCAGGGAAAUGCGAAUAAUACUUUUCCGACUGAACAACCCCCGGAUUUACCAGCACUAGAACCAAAUACUCCACAAUUUUGGAGCGAUCAACCUAAUUUGCGAAACAUAAACGGUGGAAAUUCCCUCGGUAAUUCUGAACCAUCGUUGGAUGAUGGAAACAUAGACGUGCCUUGCCUUGUGCCGAAUUCACCUGGUAAUUCAGCCAACCCUCAACCUGCUAAUAACGCUACCAUGGGCCACAGUCCAAAUUUGUUAGGUGGCACAACGAGCCCGGGCCCAGGAGGUUUGCAACCGUCUCUCCAAGGUGUCAAAGUCCCGGAUGAAAAUUUGACACCGAGACAAAGGCAGCAUAGAGAAGUUCAACUGGCGACUCUGCGCAAAAUGCACAUGAUGUUGUUUGCUGGGAAGGAGGAUCAAGCUGGCAAUGCUUUGGCAGACGCGACGCAGGGAACAGCCGUUUCGUGUCCUCCCACGAAUGUUCCUUCCGUUGGCGUCUCAAAUCAGUGUCCUCCAUCCGUGGAUUGGCACAAAUUGCAGCAUCAGUUUCUUGAUGGCAAAAAUAAAGCGACAGUUGGCAAUCCUACGGUACCCUUACGCGGUACCAAUAUGAUCGGAGUGCCACGAAGUCAAGGUCCACCACCUCCAUAUCAUCAAACAACUCGAUCUGCCAGCGUACCGAUCGCGAUUCAAAGUCCAAAUCCGUCGUCUCCCAACAAUCCAACCAGCAAUCUGUCGCUACCGUCACCGCGUGCGAGUUCCGCUCUGAAUUCACCGGCCGACUGCAACAGACAGUUCCAGCUGGGUAAUCAGAGGACCAGCCACUUGCCGGGGCAAAGCCCAACGGGUCAAGACUCACCGAAUCCGACAGUCGCCACGGCAGCUACGGCAGCCGUUUCGUCUGCGCGAUUGAAUCACAGCAAUCCAGGGACUCCAGUAUCUCAUUCUCACAUUGCUGCUCUCAGUCCUGGUGGUGCCACUGCUCAAAAGGAUGCUUCCCUUGAUUUCGCUACCAAUCAGCAGCCGAACGUGGACAAUAUGUUUUGCCGAACACUACAGUCCUUAGCUCAACAGAAGCAACAACAUACAGGAAACGCGUCUACUGUGAAGGAAGCGAAUCUGAUGCCAGUACCGAGCCCUCAUCAACUUCAAUAUCUCAACACGUUUGAGGGUCAAGAACUCACUAUUCAGAAACAACCUAAUACAAGUCUGAAGGAUGGUAAUUCUUCUACAAAUACGGGCAAUUCCUCCGAGAUGCCUAACAGAAUCUUGCCGGGAAAUCUAGAUAGCAACAGUCAAUUUCCCACUAGAUCGGAAGGUGCGAGUCCUGUGCAGAUGGACAUGAAUAGAGGCUUCACUGGUUCUCUGCACAGUCCUCACACGCCGCAUACACCGCACACGCCAGGUAGCGUCGCGCCGCACACUCCGGCGGAUUCUGCGAAACCAGGCAAUAAAUCUAGCGCGAGCGCACAAAGCAGUCCGACGCCGCACAACACCAGCAUACCUGACAGUAUGGGUCCACCGCGAACGGUGCCGGCGUCGCCCACCAUGAAACCCGAUACGUCGCCGCCGUCCGUGAAAGACAUUCAGCAGCAACAACAGCAACCACAACAGCAGCAGCAGCAGCAGCAGCAGCAGCAGCAGCAGCAGCAGUCGCAACAGCAGCAGUCGCAGCCGCAGCAGCAACAAUCUGCGGUGAAUCCGAAUAAUUCCGGCAACACAACGGUAGUGCCAUCGCUGAGCGGCGGUCCCGGCGGCGGCGCCUCGUUCUCUUGCGGCAGGCCGUCCAUAAACGUCAGUCAACCCUCUGACAACGUGCCUCUGAAUCCUAAUAACAUCGGCGGUCGACUCGGUGGCUUGAACACCAUGAAUACGAAUCACUUUGACCCGAUAACGUCACUAGCGCAGAUGAGUCAACAACUCACGAACACGGCGGCGAGCAAUUCGCUGGGCAACGAGCCUAUGCACUCCGGCAACGCCGCCGGCAUGAUGCCGUUUGGUAAUCCGCACGCUAGUGGCAUGCAUAUGAUGCAGAUGGGCGGCGAGAUGAACGGGAGCUGUCACAUGGGCGCGACCAGUGGCGAACCUGGCGGUGAGGUCGGCGGAAUGUGCAUGGGUCUCGCGGGUCCGCCGACAAGCUACAGCCCCACGACUUCGCACACGGGCAGUCCCGGCGGAGUCCCCAGCAAGAUGGGACAUCCGAUGAUGGGCGGUCACGGAAUGAUGGGCGGCCACGCGGGCGGUGGCGGCGCCGGCGGUGCUUAUCCCGGUGGCGAUCCGGGUCACGCGCCCGCGCCGAGACUGAUGACCGGACACGGAGUCGGGGCAUCCAGUCCCUACAACGGUGCGAAUGUUGUCCAAUGUACGAAGCCGAACGCGCCGAACACCAUACAGUACUUGCCGGCCAGGCCGAACGUCGGCCACGCUCCACCGCGAGGUCCGCCCAGUCUGGAGUUCCUUCAUCGAUUCACCAAUCCACCCAUAUCCAAUCUGGAAUCGAAAAUGGGUGGGACGCCCUCCGUGAAUCUACAGUACUUCCCGAACGGCUGCGUGCCGAACAGCAUGGGGGGUCCGCACGGCGGUAUACCGUCCGCCAUGAACACCGCCGGCAUCCCCGGCAUGGGCGGCUCGCCCAGGAUGGACGGCCAGUCCAUGAAUAGUGCCGGCGCAAUGCACCCGUCCAUGAGACCGGUCGGCAAUAUGCGGCCGCAGCCGAAUCUGAUGCGGAUGCAGCACAUGGUAGGCGGCGGCGUCUUCCCAGGCGGCUCUAUGGAUCCCGACAAAGUCUUCCCGCCCGAAAUGGUGCCGCAGAACUUGCCGAAUCAGCCGAAUCCGGGCAUGUACGGUGUGUCCGGCAAUAAAGGCAGCCCGAUGGGACUGGGACCUCCGCCGGACGCCACUCAGCCCCUACCGCCGAGCAUGGGCGGCGCGACCGGUAACUUCAAGAACAGUCCGUUCGUCGGCAGCGGGCCCAGCAUGUCCGAUCCGAAUUACGCUCAACAGUUUCACAACUUCCAACAGCAGCUUUACGCCACCGGCACCAGGGGCAGCGGGCCGCCGCAUCCUAAUCUGCACCCACCGCCGAACUCGCACUCGCAUCAGCAAUUUUUCUUGCCGAAGUAAAAAGCUGAUCCAUAUCGCUGCGACGAUGAUUAACUACGGUGGCCUUUUAGCGUCCCUCUUUUUCUCUCUUUCUCAGUAUCUCCUUCGCUCUCUUUCUAUCUCUCUUUACCCCAUCUAUCUAUCUUUCGUCUAUUCAGGGAUGUUUCUAUUAAUCACGCGAGAUAAUUCUGGAGAUGUAAGUUGUGCUAAGUAAAACGACAAGUGUUAAGGUAAAAGGACAAAGAGAGAGGAUUAAUGAUGGAUUAUUGAUGGAGCAUUGCGAGGCCAUAAGAUGGUCUCCGAUAAAAAAUUCUAAUUGUUCGUUUUGCUCUUGAUUUGUAUAUGACGUUGUUUAUGUAUGCCAAGUUUUUAGUUUUUAUUUUUUUUUAAUUUUGGACCGCACGACAUCGAGUUUCGUGUCUCCGAAUCUGUUAUCCCGAUAUCUUGGAAAUAUCGUUUCACACCGAAAUCUCCCGGGACUCUAUCUGUAAAUUCUAAACGUUAACGGAGAUGCGUAUGUACUCAGCUACGCGUUCGUGUAAAUAUCGAUGUACAAUCUGAUUUUUUUUUCGUUCUUUUUGUAGAAAUCGUUAUUUCAUCGAUUGAGGAGCACAUCGCUAGAUUAAGGAGUAUGUUAUUAUAACUCAAAUGUGUAAAAAGAAGGAGAGAGGAGGGAAGAAAAAAGUAGAUCUCCUCUCUUCUUUUGCGCUUUGUUCAUAAACGGUUACUUAGAUAAAAGUAAUCGUGCGCAGAAUAAUAUGCGUAAUUAUAUGACGACGAACGAGAGGAUUUUGGUACACCGGUGCCGUAUUCAUCCUUCCCUUAUCAUAUACUUAAAACAUAGUCAAACAAGCUCAAAUUUAUUAUUGUACAUAUAUACCAUAUAUAUAUUAUACAUAUUAUAUAUAUAUUAUAUAUAUAUAUAUAUAUAUAACUGUUGCAACAUAAAUCCUUCAUUAUCGCCCGUCCCUUUGCUCCUUCAUCGAUUCUCCUUAUGACCAACUCUGUGCAUAAUCAUGACCCGCCCUACCUUGUAGUUUAUGACAUAAGAAGAGAAGUAAUUGAUUAAGAACAAUUAUGUUGUUGAUGAAUGAUUUUUAUUAUAAAUGAAAAAUAAAGAUAUUUACAAGAA